AUGGCUUUGACAGCGUCUGAGUACACUAUCGGGGGAGUGAAAAUUCUCUUCCCUUGCAAGGCCUAUCCAUCACAGCUGGCUAUGAUGAACGCAAUUGUCAAGGGGCUGAACUCCAAGCAGCACUGCUUAUUGGAGAGCCCUACAGGAAGUGGGAAAAGCUUGGCAUUGCUUUGCUCAGCACUGUCGUGGCAACAGUCUUUGUAUGAAAAACCACCCAGUGAAUGGUCAUGCUUGAAGGAAUGCAACAAGCCAGAGACCUUGAUGCGAUGUUGCUGUAAUUGCCAUGCGGAACCCACAAGUCCAGACCAGAGCAGUGCAGGGUCAAACCAAGGCACUUGCUCUUACUUCACCGACGACGGAACCAAGACCACACUGAGAAACGGAGAGACCUCAAAAACCACGCUUUCUUCAAAACUGUCUGCAAAGAAACAAGCAUCAUUACAUGAAGCUGAAGAUGAUUUUAAAGUGGAUAGGAAAAGAAUUCGUUCAGUAGAAACGGAGCAGCAGGCUAGGAAACGAAAUCGACUAGCCACAGGAGCGCAGUUAGUUGAUGCUUUAGAUGUUUAUCAGCAACAGAAAAAUGGGGAAUUGACGGUGUGCUCGAAAAAACCAGUUCCUUUCUCUCUCAAAACGUUACAGCCUUCCAGCUCCUGUACUCAGUGUUCCUGUUCUUCUGUUGGGGAAAAUGCCAAAGCUGCUGUUGAUGCAAAGAAAAAAGAAAAUGCAGGAAAGCCAUUUAUCCCCAAAAUAUUUUUUGGAACUCGAACACACAAACAGAUCACCCAGAUCACUAGAGAAUUACGGAGGACGGCAUAUUCUAGCACCCGUAUGACAAUUCUGUCCAGCAGAGACCAUUCCUGUGUUCACCCAACAGUAUCUGGUUGUGGCAACAAGAAUGAAAAAUGUGUAGAGUUGCUAGAAGCAAAAGAUGGCACAUCUUGUUCUUACUACCAUGGAGUCCAUAAGCUCAGUGAACAUCACACCUUACACUUUGCCCAUAGGAAAUCCCAAGCUUGGGACAUUGAAGAUUUAGUGCGCCUGGGGAAGAAGCUGCGCUCCUGCGCCUAUUUUGCAGCUCGGGAGCUCAUGGCGGAAGCUGAGAUCGUGUUUUGCCCUUACAACUAUCUCCUAGACUCACAAAUAAGGGAGAGCAUGGAGAUUAACUUGCAAGGCCAAGUGGUCAUUUUAGAUGAAGCUCAUAAUAUUGAGGACUGUGCGCGGGAAUCAGCCAGUUACAGUGUGACAGAAGCUCAACUUAAAUUGGCUCGAGAAGAGCUGGACACUAUGGUGAACGGCAACAUUCGGAGGAAGGACCAUGAGCCUUUGCGUGCCGUGUGCUGCAGUCUGACAAAUUGGUUAAGGGAAACCUCUGGUCAGCUUGUAGAGAGAGGUUAUGAAACUUCCAGUAAAGUUUGGAGUGGACAGCAAAUGGUGGCAUUCUUGCACAAUAUGGGUAUAACCAAUGCUACAUUUCCCAUCUUGCAGAAACAUUUUGCAGCUGUCCUUGAAAAGGAAGAAAAAACAACAAAGUUUCAAGGAAAAGAAAUGGUCGUUUCAGUUCCGGUUAUAAGUCCUUCGACUCAGAUUACGCUAAAAGGGCUGUUCAUGGUCCUGUUUUAUCUUUUUAAAGAAAAUCAUAGGUAUGCAGAUGAUUAUAGAGUCGCCUUGCAGCAGACCUAUGCUUGGAGAAACGAAAAUACGGUUGACCCUGAAGAUGCCAACAGCUUUUUUGCAGUAGCCAAACGAAAAUCCCGUCACAAAACAGCAGAAAAGAUGCUCAGCUUCUGGUGCUUGAAUCCUGCUGUGGCAUUCUCAGAUGUGACUGACAACGUCAGAUCAAUUGUUUUAACCUCUGGAACUCUUUCUCCAAUGGACUCAUUUUCUUCUGAGCUUGGUGUGAAGUUUUCCAUUCAACUUGAAGCGAACCAUGUUAUUCGGGACUCUCAGGUGUGGGUCGGUACCAUUGGAGCAGGCCCCAAAGGGCGGUCACUGUGUGCUACUUUCCAGCACACAGAAACCUUUGAAUUCCAGGACGAAGCAGGGGCUCUCUUGCUGUCCGUCUGCCAGACGAUUGGGCAAGGGGUGCUGUGCUUUUUGCCAUCUUACAAGAUGCUGGAUAAACUGAAAGAUCGCUGGUUGCAUACUGGCUUGUGGGAAAAGUUGGAGCUGAUAAAGACUGUCAUUGUGGAGCCCAAAGGAGGUGACAAAGCUGAUUUUGAUGACCUUCUACAAAUAUACUAUGAUGCUAUAAAAUGUAAAAAAGGAAAAGAUGGUGCCCUUCUUCUCGCUGUCUGCAGAGGCAAGGUCAGCGAAGGCCUGGAUUUCUCCGAUGACAACGCUCGUGCUGUUAUAACUAUAGGGAUUCCAUUCCCAAAUGUGAAGGACCUUCAGGUUGAGCUGAAAAGGAAAUACAAUGACCAACACUCAAAAGUGAGGGGCCUUUUGCCAGGUAGCCAGUGGUAUGAAAUACAGGCCUAUCGAGCUCUCAACCAAGCCCUUGGCCGGUGCAUUCGACACAGGAGUGAUUGGGGUGCUCUGAUUUUAGUUGAUGACCGCUUCAGACGGAACCCCAAUAAAUACAUAACUGGGCUAUCAAAAUGGAUUCGUCAGCAAAUCCAGCAUCACGAAAACUUUGAGUGUGCACUUGGUUCUUUGGAUAUGUUUACUAAAAAAAACCAGAAGGGUACCCGUUCUUCACUUCAGGACAACGGCGAAUCUCUGUUUGUGCCUUCGAGUCUGACAGAUCCAUCAACGAGUUCAUUCCUGGAGGCCACUCUGCAUCUGUCGCCUGAUGUUCCUGUUGAAAGAGGAGUGCAGAACUUGGUCCUAGAAACACUUUCUGCUGCGGACAUCAACACGAUUAAUCCAGCGAUGUCCAGGCAGUCAGGCAACAUCUCUGCAAAGGAAAAAAAUGAUUGCCCAUCUUAUCAGACAGUAAACCAAGAAUAUCUUGCAGACUCCAAAUCCAGUAGUUCCACCAUUGGAAACGAGAGGGGCAAAGUAAGCAUCUCUGGCAAUAUAAAACAGUAUUUUAGCAAAAUGUUGACGUCAACACCUCUGCCUGCAAAGAGUAAGAAGAACACAUCCAAAGCAGUGUGGCAGCCAGAGGGGCCAGUUGGCGCACCCUGCCAGCUUGCCACAAAUGGAUGCCAGCAGGAGCUGUCAUUGGUUGAAGAAGGCAGACCGAGCGAGCUGGCACCGUGCAGAGAAACAAUUAGAGAGGCGACUGGCUCAGUCAUUCAAGAAUAUACCUCUGAACAGUGGCUCUGCACUGUUGAAGUCAGAGGGGAUGUGGCUGUUUCGCCAGUGAGAGGGAAGCCGGAACUUUCAGCAUUAGACAUAACUGCAGAAACAGAUGCCGAUGAUGACAGUAUCUAUUUCACACCUGAACUUUACGAUGAGUCAGCAGAAGAGAAAAGGGAAUGGCUAACGCACGCUUCUAGUGAUAUGGGCACUUUGAUCGAACUUCCUGAGUCUGCUGCAUCUGAAGAUACACUGGAAGGGUGUGCCCCAAACCCAGUAGCUGCAGCAGUCAGAAUGGAAACAAAUGCAGCAGCAGAGACAGGGCAUUAUGGAAUCGUGCAAAGUUAUAUGAGUCAUGACAGUGCGGUCAGCGCAGCUGCAUGUGGUGCUAGCGUAGGUGAAGCUGAGCGGGGAGAAGAGACUCGGAAAAGGAAAAGUAAACUUUCCAGAUCAAGAAACAAAGGGCUGAAGGUACAGAGAACAUAUAAACGAAGAAUCAGGAAAGCUAGUAACAGAGAUGACCACGUCAGUGAUGGAAAGCCUGCCCAAGUGCUGGCCACGGGCUGUCAGUCCAAAACCGGAGUGGCAUCAGUGCAGGGGCCGCCUGUUAGAUACCUCAAUCACUAUCAGUUUCGGGCCCUCCCGUUUGGUCUCUCAUCGGCCCCGAGGGUCUUUACCAAGGUCCUGGUGACGUUGGUGGCUCACCUGAGAGAGGUAGGGUACCACGUCUUCCAAUAUUUAGAUGAUAUCCUGGUGAUCGCUCCUUCAGAACAACUGUCCUUACAGCACACGGAGAUCGUCCUCUGGGCUCUAGAACUCCAUGAUUUCCUGGUAAACCGGAUCAAGAGCACCCUCUCUCCAUCCCAGUUCAUCCAUCACCUGAGGGUGUUCAUAGACACGAACCAGAAUGCAGUCUUCCUUCCGCCAGACAAGAUUUCCUCCAUUGUCAAGUUGACAAGGACAGUGAUUCUUUCCAAGUCCUCUGGCCUGUCGUCCUUAGUCAGACUGCAGGGGGAAAUGGUGGCAUGCUUAGUGAUUGUGCCAUGGGCUCGCCUCCACAUGAGGGACCUGCAAUGGUUUCUCAAGCCAUUUCAACUGCAGAUAACUCAAAAGAGGAACCCACGCCUCACCGUCCCGAGACAAGUGAAGGACAGCUUAAGGAGGUGGACCAGCUUCCACAACCUAGCCAAGGGCCAGAAUUAUCUCCUGAUCUCCAUGAUCCAGAUUUUCACCUAUGCCAGCUUGGAAGUCUGGGGGCUGAUUCUGCAGCAACAAGAAGCACAGGGUCGUUGGACACCAGAAGAGAGUCACUGCCACAUAAAUCGGCUGGAGUUAUGGGCAAUCCAGAAAGCCUUGAUAGAGUUUCAGCCAAGAAUCGAGAACAGUCACGUCCUGCUGAGAACGGACAAUGUCUCAGCAAAAACUUACAUAAACAAGCAAGGAGAAGAAGUGGCACACUCUGGACGUGAAAAGAGCUUUACGCAUCUUUUUGAGAAGGACGGAACCUUUCUGGCGCUCGGAGUCUUUAUUCGUUUCUAUUUUAUCACCCAAUAA